AUGUCAGGCUGGGACAAGCAUGCGGUCUUCUACAGCAACCAGGCGCAGUUCCCGCAGGGCGACCUCGCCGCCGCCGACAUCACCCGCCACUCCUCCCUCUGCAAGUUCAAGGAGUUCCUCCGCGGCUUCACCGACCCCACCGACGACUUUCCCUACCGCGAGAGCCUCGUGCACAACCGUGACCAUGUCACCGUCGCCAUUGAGGACCUCGACGCCUUCGAUGCCGAGCUCGCUGACAGGAUCCGCAAGGCACCCACGAACUACCUGCCGCUGUUCGAGACGGUUGGGUCAGAGGUUCUCACCAGCCUUAGGUCUAAGGUCGCUGGCGAGACCGGGGAAAUGGAGGAGCCCAUCACCGGCGAUGUGCAGAUCUUCCUGUCCUCCAAGGAGAAUUGCGUCUCCAUGGGAUCUAUCGAUGUCCUGAAACUAAUUCUGUAA